AUGGCGAGUGGCAAGGGUCCUGAAUUCAAGACUCUUAAAGAGUGUUUGGAAUUCUUGGAGUGGUUGUAUACUAACAAACAAGGACAACCACUGCAAAGCAGCAUUGCCAAUCGACUGUAUAGGCUUAUUAAAGAUAGAUAUAUCGGUGUUAAUCAAGGUAACAUUGAAAAAGCGCUCUCCACUUUCCUUAGCAGAGUAUCUAACUUUCAUAAAAAAUUGUGCAAAAAUGCUCGCGGUCAUUAUCUUGGAAAUAAAAGCCCUAAAGAUGUACUCUACGCUCUACUAGAAUCUAUUCCCAAAUUACUCUCCGCGAUAUACUUUUUGCGGUACAAAGUUGACGCUAAUUUCAAGGCGCUUGGUGGAGGAGGGUGGACAGAAAACCAGGUUGGUUAUGGUAAACGUAUGAGAAGUCCAAUUGAUGCAUAUAUUACUGCAAAAGCCAACGAAAGAAAAUACGGUGUCAUUUCCGGUGGAUUUGAUGAGAUCGAGUUGAAAAUGGGUCAUCAGAGUGGCUAUUCGCAGGGUUCCAAUAUGGUAAAUGACCUUAGAAUGAUUUUGGACAAACAUUUCAGCGGCUACAAUUAUUUUCUCGAUGUGUUCGCUACAUCGGUUUUUGGUAAGCAUGGCUCCGAUAUGUCUAACGUCGCGAACGCUCUUCGUUUGGUGCAAGACUUUUGUGGGAUUUUUGAAAAAGUGACAGGUGAGGAAGAUUUCAAAAAUAACUUACAAGCUAGGUAUCAUUGCAUUUCUUGGCAAGACUUACAACAACAUUGCAGCAAACUAAAAAAGUCCCUUGAAAAAAUUUUUAAGGGAAACCGAUUUUCUUUCACCGGGUAUGCGCGGGAACCUCAAGUCCUUUCCACGGAAAACAUCGCCAAGAAAAUGGCUAAGUGGUUUAAAAACCAUUUGGGGGGAGUUAUAGAAAAAUUGAAUGAUAUUCAGGCUUUCGACACCAAAAGGCUUCCGUUAAAUAGCAGAUUAUUUCGGAACACUGCUGUACUGCCUCCCAAAUAUCCUGAAGCCUUUACGGCAUAUUUCACCAAGAACUUUAUUCCCUACGGAUUCACAUUCUAUCAUAACCAGUAUAAAGUGGAGAGCACGCCGUAUCAGGUUUUGUUUGACAAUUGGAAUGGUGCCAUCCAUGAGCUCAAAAACACAAGUGACGGCUUGGAUGAGCUUCUUAAAAUAUUGAACGGCAAACAGUGUGCAAGUAGACAAAAGGUUAAGAAAACUGAGAAGAAACCUAUGACUAAGCCCGACGCUGAGCUCGAGAGUGAUACGGGGCACGAGAAUAAGCCUAAACCUGACGCUGAGACUGGGACCGAGCCUGAGACUGAACCUGAGCUUGAAGAUGAUAAUGAGCUUGAGGAUGAUCUUGACUCUGAAAUUGAUUCUGAUGAAGAAUUAAUGAAUCAGCCGUCCGAUGAAGAGGAUGCAUCCAUAAACGAAUCUGAAGCCACCAAAACCGAGGCCGCCAAGCCCGUGGUCACCAAAAAUGAAGCAACUCCGAACCAGGGCAAGAAAGCGGAGGGAGCACAGAACCAGGGCAAGAAAGCGGAGGGAGCACAGAACCAAGGCAAGAAAGCUGAGGGAGCACAGAACCAAGGCAAGAAAGCUGAGGGAGCACAGAACCAAGGCAAGAAAGCUGAGGGAACGACAAAUCAACCGGGUGGUCAAAGUGACGGAAAUGGUUCAAGUGCAGGCACUCCUUCACCUGGUGACCCUGUUCCCAGUAGUGGUCAGGAUCUGGGUGGUCAGGGGUCUGCUUCUGGGCGUGCUCAACAAAGUAGUCAGGAGCCUCAUACCGGUACAGGUGACAGUACUCCAAUAGGCGGUGUAAAUAAUAGAGAGGGCCCAGUUAGUAAGGAUAAGUCGGAUGAGGAUGUGAAACGUGAACAGCGUGUUAGGCAGUAUUCAGAAAGACAGGAGCAGAGAAGAAAGCAAGCAGAACAAAAGAUGGCAGCCAUGUUACAAAGAGUUACGGAUGAAAAGAAACAGAACGAAGAGGUAAUACGUAAACAUCAGGAGGCCGAUAUGGAGCGUCAACGUCAAUGGCAGCAGUUACAAGGCUCUGACGUACCGCUUCUUACCGGUAUCCUGAUUGAAGAACCUCCUGAUUUGGUAUUGGACGGAGAGAUCGUAAAAAAUGACAAUGAUGCGAGGCUGCAAGACCAGAUGAAUUUAUUGGAGUAUAAUAAUGGAAGUUACGAAAAUUCGCUUCGUGUAGAAACACAACGAGAGAUAGAUGAGCUGAGGCGAAUAAUGACAAGAUCAGAACAGCUUAGAGAAGCUGCAGAACACGAAUGGAAAAGUGAACAGCAGAUUCUAAGCAGCUAUGUGACUGGUAAAGCCAUAAAGAACGAUAAUGGCAUAUCGGCUGGUGAGUUUACUUCUUUAUUUCCCGAUAUUGGUGUUCCUAGGGUCUACACGAUAAAGAGGCCCAAGGCUCCGAAUACAUCUCAGCAGUUACAUCAGCCUCCGGCGCAUACAUCGCCACCCAUGUCAAAGCAUGGGUACCAAACAGGGGUUGGCGUAAACCAUAAGUUGUCACCUAUUUCCUAUAUUCAUCCCUCACCUAUCACUGCGAAUUCAGAUGAUAUAGCAAUGCCAGGGAUUGCGGGGGUGUCGAUUACCGACACUUCACUUUCCUCAACCAUAAUCGAUGAUCUCCCUAUAUCUUCGCAAAACGACCCAUCGUUCCAAACAAUGGUGGGUUUAAAAGGGAAUAUCAUUCCGAAUCCUAAACGACGUGCUUCAUUGCCACCGCUUCCAUCCUUGAAACCUCCUGAUCAGGUAUCGAACACUCCAUCUAAACUGACCGUCAACAUUCCUGUUGACGGUCAGAUGAUUGGGAAAAUGUUGAAUGUUGCCGGUGUUGCAAUUAAAACUCCUUCAUCUCAACUUAUUGGAGAUAGUAAUUUGGCCACGUCUGCCAUACAGGAACCCAAAGGCCAACCUAUCAUCCACACUAUAUUGGAAAAUCUUGCACCACCCUACCAGACAAUGCGUUUAACAGGGAAGGAUGUCGCAGACCCAAACAUAAAAGAUUCCCGCUUUCCUGACAUCCCAAACUUAAUAUCAGUUAGACCUGCAGUAUCGCAUUCCUCCAAUCCUACACAAGACGAAAGGGACUUAAAUGUUCCACAUGUAUCCGGCAAUGCGAUUGAAUUUCCUCCAGAUACUUUAGCAGCCGGCAAUACACCAGCAGUGUUAGCAGACUCGGACGCAUCCGUUGUAGAACCCAUGGAAACUUACAAUCCAGCUGAAGUACCGGACUUGGAGUCCAAAACAUUGCCUGAAACCGUCGCAUUUGAUGAUCACAUCAUGGGGAAUAUGACAAGUUUCACCGGUACCGUUUUGACAGAGCCAUCAAAGAUGAAGCGUAAGAAUAUGGUUUCACUCCCCUCGCCACUAAUGCCAUAUAUAAGUGGCACUACGGUCAAAGAAAACUAUAUAGACUCGCCCAUAUCACCGCAUUCCGUAGAAUAUUUACAUCCAGCGAGACCGCCACCCAUAGAUGUAGAGAUCGUUCGCCCUCCUGCACAUCAAACAAAUUCUAAUAAACUACAUACAAGUACCGUUACACCGAAAUCUCGUGAUCUGCGCUUCCAAUUGCCGGAGAUAAUUCCAUUGUAUCGCGGUUCUCAAUCGUCACAAAAUUCAAAAAUUCCCGAUGUAGAGCUGAUACCCGUACCUCCGCCUGAUGAUAAACUUCAAAUCAGCGUGCAGCCAAAACGGGAGAACGUGGAUUUGACAGAGCAAGAUAUAUACGGAGUUGACUUGUCUGAAACGUUUGACGUCGACGUCCGCAAACCUGCGCCGCCUGCCAUCAUCGUUCCUGAUAUACCCAGUCAGUAUAGCCGUGCUUUGUUUGCUCCUGAUUUACGCGUUGAAAUAACUAAACCUUCAGAACCAUUUCAGGCUACAGUGAUGGACAUGGACCCUUUCAUGGACGGCAGCAACGUCGAAGUAUCACAACCAACUGGCAAACAGAAUUCGGAUCCGACGGCAGCUGAUGUAUAUGGAAAGGAACAAUACGACGUUGAUCUCCAGAUCCACGUCCCCGACCGUACAAUCCAAGACGAUUCUUAUGACGUAAACAUAGAUGAGCCUCCCCCCCUCCAAGAACUUCAACCCCUGAACCCAAUAGACCCAGCCACCACCGCCAUCUCUCUCAGCAUAGACCCACUCGAUCCUCCGGAGUCUCUCCCAAACAGGUACGUGGAUCCAUAUACGCACGAUGCGCAAUCUGUCAGUAUGUGCACUGCCCCGUGGAUGACUCAGGCAGAAACGGGAGACUCCACCGACAUCCCCGAGACUGAGCUGUUCCCUUCGCGGGCCCCUCGCACUGUCCGGGAUAUGCUUCAGUGGCUGGCAGGGCUUAGGAACGAACAGCAUCAUAACACGCUGGAAAAGUGCAUUGCCAAGGCAUUUAGUGGCCCGCAUAGUGACCCUUCACAGCUUGCACUAUCCAUCAACCACACCAACAUCAGGCCCAAAGAUGUCUUCGACAUACUCCAGCUUACCGCCAUGUUUACAGGCUCAGUGCUCAAUUCAAUCGCACCUAAGUGGAAAGCAAAUGUGUCAUCUAGAACUGUGAAGCCCAAGUUGUCCAAUCAAUCCGAUGAGCCUGAUUGUUGCGCCCUCCUCUGCCAGCUGCUUGACUACGUCUACGCCUGCCACCACCAGUUGCAGUUCCUGAAGGCGCAGUGUAAGCGGGAGAAGUCACAUGGUGGUUGGCAAAAUUAUAAUUAUGGAAAUGCUGUUUCCCCCUCUGACUCUCCCCUCCAGGCGUUCCUGACUGAAGGCUGGGACUCUGCCUUCGAUACUCACCUCUUCGACCCCUGCAACCUGUGCCACAAGAGCCGCGUCAGGAUGGGAUUCAAAAAGGAGGAUUUGGCUAAGACAUCGCAACAAGGCAACACCCUUGCCACCAUCCUCACUCCCAGCUGCGGCGGCAGUGACCCCUUGCUGACCUUGUGCUCCUACCUCAACUGCCUCACCAGAAGGACGCCGCGCACCACCGGGGAGCUUGUCUCGUACUUCCACAAUUUUGGCCAUUCGAUUUAUAACUAA